CUCAGUUCUGCCCGUUGACCGGGAAGCAGCUUCCACGGAAACGGUUCAUCCCGACCGAAUAACGACUCAACCGGGCACAACAGAUGGCGUUUUACCCCUGACACCGGAGAGGACUGGCUGUAAAUGACCGUGUGCUACACCGGAGAGGCCGCUGAGGAUACGAACGCGAUGUUACAGAGAGAUUAACGGGGUUUUAAUGCUAACGAGCUAACGGCUACUGCGCCUCUCUAUCCGGUUUACGGUAGUGAUCCGCUUUUCAACCGCCGCGGAGGAAUAUGAAGAAGUUUAAUAUUAGGAAGGUGUUGGACGGCCUAACAGCGGCUUCUUCUUCCUCAUCUUCGUCUCCUUCCGCCAACCAGACCCAAAACGACCCGGUACCGGAGACCCUGCAGUCUGAGCACUUCCAGCUCUGUAAGACGGUGCGUCAUGGUUUCCCGUACCAACCCUCCUCGAUGGCCUUUGACCCCGUGCAGAAGAUCCUGGCUGUUGGGACUCAGUCCGGAGCUCUGAGGCUUUUUGGCCGUGCAGGCGUGGAGUGUUACUGUCAGCAUGAGAGCGGCGCGGCGGUGAUUCAGCUGCAGUUCCUGAUCAACGAGGGGGCGCUGGUGAGUGCGUUGGCUGACGACAGCAUCCACCUCUGGAACCUGAGGCAGAAGAUCCCUGCUGUGCUGCACUCUCUCAAAUUCAGCAGGGAGAGAAUCACUUACUGCCACCUGCCCUUCCAGAGCAAAUGGCUGUACAUCGGCACCGAAAAAGGCAACAUCCACAUCGUCAACGUGGAGUCCUUCACCCUCUCAGGAUACGUCAUCAUGUGGAACAAAGCCAUCGAACU